GAUAUAUCCUUGGUUUCAGGUGUGAGAAUCUGAAGACUUAAAAACUCUUGUUAGAAAAACAGUAACUAUUCUAAAACGGAGUUCCUAUACUUUAAAUGGAAGUAAAACAUAAUCUGAAUAUCUCUGUAUUGAUAAAGACAUCAUUUUUGCUUGCACUCAUAUCAAAUUUACAUGCAAUAAGACCCAGAGCACCAGCCAGAACGCGGUCUCCUUUUGUGACUGUAUGGAAUGCGCCAACAGAACUCUGCAUGAGAAAAUUCAGAGUCCCUAUAGAUGUCCGCUUUUUUGAUGCUGUGGGAAGCACACUGCCAACUGCCACAGCUCAAGACAUUACAAUAUUCUAUACCAACAGACUGGGCUACUAUCCCUACAUAGACCCAAUAACUGGCAAUAACUACAAUGGAGGCAUUCCCCAAAUGACCAACAUGGACCAACACUUAAAAAAAGCCAAAGAAGAUAUUCUUCAUUAUAUACCAUCAGCAACACAAACUGGACUUGCUGUGAUUGACUGGGAGGAUUGGAGACCAAUAUGGAUAAGAAACUGGGCUUCUAAAAAAAUAUAUAGGAAACAAUCCAUAGACUAUGUUCAGCAAAAAGACCUGACUCUUAGUCUGCAUAAUGCAGAAUCUGUAGCAACGUUAGAGUUUGAGUCAUCAGCAAAACGCCUCAUGCUAAACACUCUCAAGCUAGGAAAGCAAUUAAGGCCAAACUACCUUUGGGGAUUCUACCUCUUCCCCAAUUGUCAAAACUAUGAUUAUAAACAGAACCCUCAUCAUUACACUGGAAGUUGCCCAGAUAUUGAAGUGUUAAGAAAUGAUAAACUCAGGUGGAUGUGGAAAGAAAGUACAGCACUAUUUCCAAACAUUUACCUGGAAAAGACACUUAUGUCUUCACAUCGUGCUGCGCUAUUUGCUCGUCAUCGCAUACAAGAAGCUAAAAGACUUUCAUCACUAUCAAAGAUGGGUAUCUCCUUGCCAAUAUAUGCAUACAGCAGACCAGUAUUUACCGACUAUCCUGAAGAAUAUCUAACAGAGCUUGAUCUUGUAAAUACGAUUGGUGAGAGUGCAGCCUUGGGUGCCACUGGAUUCGUAAUGUGGGGCGAUGUAAACCUGACUCGGAGCAUGAAUUCUUGCACGAGUUUGAAUACCUUCAUUAUCAAUAUUCUCAAUCCAUAUGUGAUCAAUGUCUCAUUAUCAGCCAAACUGUGCAGUGCUGUACUGUGCCAGAAUAAUGGAGUAUGCAUCCGCAAAGCAUGGAACACUAGCACUUAUCUGCAUCUGAAUCAAACAAACAUUGCAAUAGAACAAUAUAAAGGUACCUAUAACGUCAGAGGAACUCCAAGUCUAGAAGACCUUAAAUAUUACUCAGAAAACUUCAAAUGCCACUGCUAUGCUGGCCACAAAUGCAAAGAGCUUCCAGAUAUAUAUGCAAUUGCACAAAUGCAUAUUUGUAUAACUCAGAAUAUCUGCAUACAUAUUGAAAAUGUAUCAUUGUAGACUUGCUGAUUUGUGAUAUGCAUAGUACUUCAUCCUGAAAAGUAUUGUCACAAUGUAAUUCACAUCUGUAUAAUGUACUUGUUGUAACAUACUGUACUGUUUCAUAUCAACAGCAAAUUGUUUUGUUAUCUAUGUAUUGUAU